AUGGACCUGGAAAUUAAGAUGGAUAGGAGGAAGAAGAUUAAUAUAGCAGCUAGUUGCAUUAGGGAAGUUGCUUCAAAGGUUUUGGGGGUAUCAAAGGGUAAAUUUGGAGUCCAUAAAGGAGAUUGGUGGUGGAAUGGGGAAGUCCAAGGCAAAGUGGAAGCGAAGAAGGCUGCAUACACAAAAUUGGUGGAGUGGGUAGACGAGGAAGAGAAGCAGACGCUUAAGAAAUUUUAUAAGACGACAAAGACAGAAGCUAAGUUAGCAGUUACGAAGGCUAAGACAGCAGCUUUCGAACGCUUAUAUAUCGAGCUAGGGUACAAAGGUGAGGAUAAGAAAUUGUAUAGGCUCGCAAAAGCAAGAGAGAGAAAGGCUCGCGACUUGGAUCAAGUGAAGUGUAUCAAUGAUGAGGAAGGAAAAGUAUUGGUGGAUGAGAUCUCCAUCAACAAAAGAUGGCGAAGAUACUUUCACAAACUUUUAAAUGAAAAGGGGGCGGAGACAUUGUGUUGGGUGAUUUGGGGCACUCUGAAAGACUUCGAGACUUUGGGUAUUGUAGGUGUUUUAGGAUCGAGGAGGUUAUACGUGCUAUUAGUAGGAUGA